CAAAACUCUCAAAGAUAACAACAACACUCUCUGUUUCUCAUGGCUACAGAUCAAGAAAACCUACUCUCAGAUGAUUACCAAGAAACGGCGGCGUUUUGCGGGUGUAGGUAUCUCUGUAACUUCUGGUGGAGAAGAAGAGGAGACGGUGGCUGGAGCGGUAACUUGCAGGAAGAGAAAGGAGAAAGUUGGUGGACCAGGAAACUGAAGGGGCCAAAAGAGAUUUCUGAGAAAAUUGCGGGGCCAAAGUGGAAAAACUUUAUAAGAAGUUUUAGCAAUGGGAGGAAGAAGAUGAAGAGAGAUGUGGACUUCACGUACGAUCUCAAAAACUACAGUCUUAAUUUUGACGACGGAGGCGGAGAAAAUUCUUCACCGGAGAGGUUUAUAGCUACUCCGGCUGUUGUAAAAGUUUGAUAUUUUUCUCAACUUUUUUGUAUUCUUUUUUUAAUUGAUCAUGUUAUAAAUGUUAAUACCAAACAUAUACAAAGAGGUUAUAAAAUCAUUUAGGCGUUACUUGUUGUUCAA